UUCCCCGCCAUGUUAACCCGCACAUCUCUUCUGUCACUGGCCCUCGUCGGGUCGGCCCUUGCCCAAGUGCAGUCUCCUGUCAUCGACUUGGGAUACGCCCAAUACCAAGGCGCUGUCAAUACAACUACCAAUAUAACGAGCUUGAUCGGAAUUCGAUAUGCUGCACCGCCCGUAGGGGACCUUCGGUUCAGGGCACCCCAGCCUCCACUCAACACCUCUGGCAUUCAAUCUGCAACUGUCCAGCCGAACGAGUGCUUCCAGGCGCCUACCGGAAAGGCCGCUACGAAUCCCCUCAAGCGCGCUGCGGUUGUUGUGCCGAGCGAGGAUUGUCUUUUCCUCAAUGUGUUCUACCCGAGCAAUGCCGUUGGAACGCCAGGGACAAAACUCCCGACGCUAGUUUGGAUCCAUGGCGGAGGAUAUCUCGCUGGUUCGUCAAACAACGUGAACGGCGGUGACAUCAUCCAACAGAGCAACCACAACGUCGUCGUCGUCGUCAUCCAGUACCGGCUCGGUGCUUUUGGCUUCCUCGCCGGCUCUGCUGUGAAAAACGGCGGCGCCCUCAACGCUGGCCUUCUUGACCAGGAUUUCGCUUUGCGCUGGGUGCAACAGCAUGUAUCCAAAUUCGGAGGCGAUCCCGCCAAAGUCACAAUCUGGGGUGAAAGUGCGGGUGCAGGUUCCGUGCUGCAGCACGUAAUCGCAAACGAUGGCCGAACCAAGCCCCAAUUGUUCCGAGGUGCCAUUACGAGCUCCACGUUUCUGCCGUCCCAAUACAGAUACGACGACCCGAUCUCUGAGUCUCUUUUUAGCCAGGUGGUGGCUCAAACCAACUGCACUCCUGCUGCCGACGCCCUCUCCUGUCUUCGCGCCACCAGUGCCGCAGUCUUGCAGACGGCAAACAGCAACAUCAACGCCGCUGGUUUCUUCGGCACGUUCACGACCGUUCCAGUCAUCGAUGGGGAAUUCAUCGUCGAGGCUCCCAUCGAUACGCUGCGCAAACGACGUGUGAACGGGAAAGCGCUUCUCUCGGUAACCAACACAUUCGAGGGGACGGUGUUUGUGAACACCAAGAUCGCUGUGCCCAACGCGACAACGUAUGCACUUGACCUGUUCCCGAAAGUUGACCUGGCGGAAGCAACGACUGUCGCCUCGGUCUAUGCUGGGUUGGGGACGGACACAUUCCAGGUCGAAGCGAUCAUGGGCGAAUCGAUAUUCAUUUGCCCAACAUAUUAUCUCUUGGAGGCCUUCCCGAAAGGCCAUUCAUUCAAGGGCGAAUUUGCAAUUCCCCCUGCAAACCACGGCAACGACCUCAACUACUACUUCCCCUCCAACAACCCCCCGCCAUUCCAAAACACCGACUUCAUCAACGCGUUCGCUCAGUCCUUCACAUCCUUCAUCGUCAACCUCGAUCCCAACAAGAAGAUCAACACCAGCACGAUCACGCCCAGCUGGAGCAGCUACAGCGUCGGUCGCACGGAGAUGCUGUUCAACAAGACUGCCGCCGGGGAGCCGGUCGUGCAUACCAUCGUGACGGACCCUGCGCUCGUCGCGCGGUGCAGUGUCUGGAGCGGUUUGGGUGCAUCCACGGGGCAGUAAGCCACGCGGUAAUCUUCUCACGGGAGUCUGAACUCAAAAUGUUCUAAACGAGACGUUGAAUGCAAAAAUACAUCG